AUGGUCGCCCCAGGCCAGGCAUCCGCGGCUAGCGAGGAGACGGCGCCUGCAGGGCCCCUUGCAGCUCCUUGCGAAGCGGCGCCUGCAGGGCCCCCUGCAGGGCCCCUUGCAGCUCCAGGGGUCGCCGCGCGUGCGCCUGCCGACGCAGCGGCCAACGCCGACAGGCUGGCGCGUUUGCGGGCUCGCGCGAAGGACUCCUCGGCGCCGAACGGGGCGCCUUCGCCCAAGGGGAAGAAUCGCACGGGGAGCCAGACCCGCUCGGGCACGAAGAAGGCCCUGAAGCGGCCGGCCGCUGCGAAGACCGAGGCUUCCCCGGCGAAGAAGGCCAGGCGGACCCCCCCGGCGCAGAAGGGCGCGGCCGCGCGGGCGGCCGCCGCGAAGACCGAGGCAGUGAAAAAGGCCAGGCUGACCCCCCCGGCGCAGAAGGGCGCGGCCAGGCGGGCGGCCACCAGCUUCCCAGGGGUCCCCAAGCGCAAGACCGAGGCGACUUGGAUUGGCGACUACAGGGUGUACAGCGACGUCACGAAGCAGGCGUGGCGCGCGAGGAAGCCAGGCCACAGGCAUGACGCCUCUUUCAGCUGGAAGGCGGACCCCCGCAAGGCGUGGAGCUCGCUCGUGGAGUUCACGACCGAGUGA